AUGGAUGUCAUGUCCGCUGGGCUAAAGGGGAAAAGGACCAUCCAGAUUGUUACCAGCACAAAGAUCAAGAGCCAGCAUCUGUCAUGGUAUUGGGGACACCAGUGUGAAUCGAACACAGAGUUAUGGACAGAUGAGUCCACCCGCUGCUUCUGUUCUGUUGGCCAGCUCUCCUGUUCUCCCUAUCGGUGCCCUACGGGCCAAAUCUGUGGUCCUCAAAGAGGACGCUCCAGUGGGAUUUCUGCCUCUGGGACGUGCACCAUGCACAGUAACACAGACUUCAGCACUUUUGAUGGAGUGCUGUUCAGCUUCACAGCACCCUGCACCUACACAUUGGCUAAAACCUGCUCACCCACUGAGACCCUGCCCACGUUCAGUGUGGAAGUGGUCAAUGAGCAGAACGGGAACUCAUCUCUGCCAACUGUUCAACGGGUCAUUGUGGAAAUAAGGAACUUCAGAGUGUCCCUCCUGAAAAGGCAGACACACCGGGUUGUGGUUAAUGGGGUCUGGAAGAAGCUUCCACUGAAACUCAGCAGUGGUGCUGCUGACAUCAAGAGCAACCCCGCUGCUGUUAUACUGGAAACCAACUUUGGACUUUCCGUCAUAUAUGACAACACAGGUGCUGUCCAUGUCAACUUGCCUCCCACUUACUCUGAUCAUGUCUGUGGCUUGUGUGGAAACUUUAACCAACUCAGAGGAGAUGACUUCAGACAGCCCGUUGGCACAAAUGUCCAAGACGCUACAGCUGUGGCUGAGAGCUGGCAGACUGGACAAACCACCGCCUCCUGUGAAACCUUCCUAGUACCUCAUCAGUGUGACCCACUGAAGGAGGCCAAAUAUGCCAGUGAGCUGUACUGUGGAGGUCUCCUCUCUAGUACUGGGCCCUUCGCUGACUGUGAAUCAGUUGUGGGAGCAGAGAGCUACUUCAGGGGCUGUGUGGCCAGCAUGUGCUCUACUCAUGGUGACCCAACGGUGUUAUGUGAGACAUUACAGGUUUAUGCUGAUAUCUGCCAGGAGGCUGGAGUUGCUAUACCCAUAUGGAGAAACUCUACAUUCUGCCCCCUUCAGUGUGGUGAGAAUAGCCACUUUAACUCAUGCGCUGAUGGUUGUCCCGAAGCAUGCUCUAGCAUGGAUACAGCUGGCUCCUGUGGAAGCUGUGAGGAAAGAUGUGAGUGUGACUCUGGCUUCAAACUCAGCGGGGGAAAGUGUGUCCCAGCAGAGGACUGUGGGUGCUGGUAUAGUGGAAAGCACUAUGAGAAAGGAGAAACACUGUUGGAAGGCGAGUGUGUGCAGCAGUGCAGGUGCAUGGGUGAUAAUGACAUGCAGUGCACAACAAUGCAAUGCGGAGAAAAUGAGGUUUGUAAGGUCAAGGAUGGGGUCAAAGGCUGCUUCCCUUUCAGUCCCACCACCUGCAGUGUGUAUGGUGAUCCACACUUUAUCACCUUUGAUGGGAUGGCUUAUGAUUUUCAAGGAGGCUGCAGUUACACCCUCACUACCACAUGUGGAGGAGAAAGCUCAGUACAGUUCACUGUGACUGGGCACAACAUGCAUCCUCCGCUUCAGAACGUCACCUUGUCCAAACUGGAAGCUGUGGCUCUUCAGGUUGAGGGUCUGAACCUCACUAUGAAUCAGAGCGGGGAGGUGAAUAAUGGCCGUGUCGGACUCCCCUAUUCCAACAAUGGCACAUAUGGCUCAGUAUGGGUCUACAUGAAGAAGAACUAUAUUAUCUUGGAGACAACCUUUGGCCUCAGAAUGAUGAUAGACGGGCAAAACAGACUCUUCCUGCAGGUGGAUGAGAGCUACAAGUAUGAACUGUGUGGACUGUGUGGCACCUACUCUGAACAACAGGAUGAUGACUUUGUAACACCAGGAGGCCAAAACGCUACUGGGCCAUUUGAGUUUGGUGACAGCUGGAGGGUGCCAGGCAAUAAUGAAUGUAUUGCCCAGCCAAAUGAACCCAAAAUCUGUGAUUAUGAUGAGGAGAAUGACGCCUACAGUGAGUGCUACACACUGCUAGGGGAUGCCUUCAACCCCUGUCAUGAACACGUUCACCCAAGCAUCUACCUCAAUAGUUGUGUCUUUGACUACUGUGCCACAAGUGGUGACCAACACACCUUGUGUGAAUCUCUGAAGUCCUAUGCAGCAGCAUGCCAGGUGUCAGGAGUGGAUCUUCCACCCUGGCAGGCAGACACAGCCUGCGCCUGCCCCCUGAAUUGCAACUUCGAAAAACAUCUGUGUGGGUGGAGGCAAUUGAUAAAAGACAGUUUUGACUGGACAAGAAAUUCAGGACCAACGCCAUCAAACCUAACUGGCCCAAACCAAGAUCACACCACUGGAGCUGGUUUCUACAUGUUCAUUGAGGGAGAUAAUGUAAACCAAGGAGAUUCAGCCCGUCUGUUGAGCUCAAUGUGCCAUUAUAAUAGCCCACUCUGCCUGCACUUCUGGUACCAUAUGUAUGGUUCAGCUGCAGCUAUGGCCAUCAAUAUCUACCUGCUCAAAGACAAUAAAACAACCAAGCUCUGGUCAAUGAUGAACAACCAGGGACCAGUAUGGCAUCAAGUAUAUAUUGACAUCAGGGUAUCUGGUCCAUUCCAAAUUAUAAUGGAAGGAAUUCGAGGCUCUAAUGCUCAGUCAGAUGUGGCCAUAGAUGACAUUUCCAUUCACCUUGGCUCAUGCUCAGAUAUGAGUGGUAUUGUGACAAAUCCUCUAAAUCCUGAUGGAAACAACACAGCUCCAAGUGUCCCUGUUCCGACCACUGCAGCUCCCAUGCCUCCUCUGGUUAAUGUUACUGUUCAGCUCCCUGUAACAGCUCAGCCCCCUGUAGCGAAUGUCACCAUACCUUCCGUAAUGGAAGAAACCACCAACUUAAUUAAUGAGGACAAUGUGACUAAACCUUCAGUGUGCCAACUCCACUGUAAUUUUGAACAAGAUCUAUGUCAGUGGAGUCAACUUCUUGCUGAUGUUGUUGAUUGGACAAGGCAUAGCGGCUCCACUCCUACUAUGAUGACUGGCCCUUCUUCAGAUCACACCACGGGAGAUGGCCAUUAUCUUUACAUCGAAGCAAGCAGCAUGACAUAUGGGGACACGGCUCAUCUUAUCAGCUCGGAGUGUUCUGACCUUGGUCUUCAGUGUCUGCAGUUCUGGUACCAUAUGUACGGUUCAUCUGAUACAAUGGGCCUCCAUGUCUACUUGCUCCAGGACAGAAAGGCUGACGCCGUUUGGUGGAGGAGGAAUGAUCAAGGAAAUAUGUGGCACCUGGCUCAGGUGGACUUGACAACAACUGGAACUUUUCAGAUCAUUUUUGAGGGCCGACGAGGUUCAAAUGAUCACUCUGAUGUGGCCAUAGAUGAUGUAUCACUUCAUCAUGGGCAUUGCGCAGAUCUGGCUAAACCAACAAGCCCUACUUCCACAACCUUCAAUCCAGCUGCAACAGAAGAGCCACAAGCAACAAAUAGACCACAACCUACAGCCACAACUACACCAAAACCACCAUCAACAGCUAGGCCACAACCACCAACAACCACUAGACCACAACCAACAACAAUCAUUAGACCACAACCACCAACCACAACUCAACAGCAGCCACAAACAACAGUUAAACCACAACCAACAACAGCUAGACCACAGCCUCCAAAACCAUCAACAGCUAGGCCACAACCACCAACAACCGCUAGACCACAACCCUCUUGCCCACAGAACAGUCAUUACACCACUUGCAUCCCUGCCUGCAGUCCCACCUGUCUACACCUGCAUGGCCCACCACACUGUAGUGACAAUGAGGGUUGUGAGCAGGGAUGUGCAUGUGAUGAAGGCUUUGUGCAAACAGGAAGGAUUUGUGUGCCUAUCCAAAUGUGUGGAUGUGUGGACAGGAAUGGCGCCAUGCAUCAGUUUGAUGAAGUCUGGUACACAAAUCACUGCAGUCAGAAAUGUGAAUGUGAGAAACACCAUGGCGUGGGAAACAUUGACUGCGACGAGAAAGAUGAGUGUGAUGGAAAUGCUGUCUGCCUUCAAAAUGAGGAGGGCGACUAUCACUGCCACUCUACAGGCUUCAAUGAGUGUUCUAUCACAAGAGACGGUGAUUACAGAACCUUUGAUAAAAUGAAGUAUGACUUCGAAGGUGAGCACUCAUACGUGCUGGUCCAGACCAAAAACAUGCCAAAUAACCUUCCAGAUGUCUACAUCGAGGGCAUCAAUACACACACCGUACAUGAUGAUGAUGACAGUCAGCAUCAUGCUGACAGCAGCACUGAAGAAGACCACAGUCACAGAGUCAGAUUAGAAGAGAUUAAAAUCAGAGUGUACAAUCACACUGUGGAGUUCAAGAAGAAACGGCGGCUGGUUGUGGACGGAAGGAGAAGCAAUAGUCCUGUUUCACCAACUGCUGGUCUAAACAUCUAUGAACAUUCUUCUCACAUCUACCUGAAGACAGACUUUGGCCUCUCAGUGAAGUUUGAUGGACACAGCACAGCAGAGAUCAUUCUACCACGCGUAUAUAAAAGGAAGGUGGGAGGUCUGUGUGGGAACUUUGACAGUCAAAAGUGGAAUGACUUGAUGAAGCCAGAUGGUACCAGGGCCAGAAGUGUUCAAGAGUUUGGAGAGAGCUGGAGAGUGUGA